GAGAGAGACAGAGUUGCCGGGCGUGGAGUCGCAGAGAUCAGCACUGAAGACGUCCUCAAGGUUUGCAAGCUCAGAGGUCGAAUUUGUGCUCAUCGACCUGCAGGAUGCUUUCUGUCAUUUUGGACUGCACCCAACGGAACUGAAACAUGCGGUGAGCCCAGGCUUGGAGAAUGGGACGGGCAUAGUUUGGUGCGCAAUGCUCUUCGGCUUCAAGGGGGCUCCCUUGAUUAUGGGAAGGUUGAGUGCAGCCAUUGGGAGGCUACUGCAAAGCACAUUUCAUCCAGCAGCGGGUCAGGUCCAGAUCUACAUAGAUGAUGUUCUGCUGACCAUCAGAGGCCCUGAAGAAGAACGGAACCUGCAGGUAUCAAAGGUCUUGUGCCUGUUGGCGGCCUUCGGAGUGCAGGUAGCUACCCACAAAGGUGAGAGGGGGCGCAGAGUGCAGUGGAUUGGUACCACCAUGGAACUGACCUCUCAUCACAUCCUGAUUGGAACACCACCCAAAAUGAUAGAAGAGAUAAAGACCACCAUGGCAAACUGGGAUGACAAAGGGAUGAUUCAAAUCAAGGAACUGCGGUCUUUCGCUGGACGCCUUUCGUGGGUAGCUGGCAUUGUGCCGAGACUGAGAUGGACGGUGACAUCAGUUUAUGCCGUCCUCACCGCAGCGAUCAAAGAGGAGCCAACAGAGAGACAGAGAGCACAGAAGCGGCAAGGAGACAAACGACCCAAAAUGGGCCUAGUGGCCGUGAAGCGUUUGGGCACCGUCAUCCCCUGGCUCAAAGCGGUCUUCGAGGUAUCGGACAUCAUGUUGAUCCGCAAAGAGAGGUUGAUUGAACAUGAGGCCGUGUGGGGAGUUGUGACGGAUGCUUCCCCCAAAGGCAUCGGGGGCCUGCUCAUCAACAAAGUGGCGGGCGAAUGGCUCCCAGUCGAAGCCUACGAGGCACUGGUGCAGAAACAUCAUGCCGAAGCCCUGGACAUUGAAUAUGGAGAGGCAUCGGGACAAGCGGUGCUCGAAGGUUUGGCCAUUCUGCGAGCAGUUCAACUGUGGGCGCCGAAGUUCCAAGGCAAGGCGCUGGUCAUCAGGUCCGACAGUGCAGUGCCACAGGUGCUCAAGACCAUCAAAAUUCGACGCACGACAGCGCUGGCAGACAAAGGAAUGGGCACCAAACCGCCUGGAGAGGAAGGUAGCAACGGUGCAGCAGCCAUUAGUGGCGGAACGAGAAGGACCACCGAGCAUUCCGUUAGCGAUAUGGCUGAUCCUGGGCACCGUUUUUCUGGCUGGAAUGCUCUGUCAAGCAUGUGUGCCGCGGCUAUGCCAGGUAGGAAUGAAGGUGGGCGGCCAAAUCUACGGCAUGGCAUGCAAGGCCUACUGCUUCAUCGAAUUACAGGUGUUCGUCCCCCGCUGGAAACUACCUACAACACAGAAGGAGCCUCAGAAAGUGCACAAACAUGGAACUCCAAAGCAUGGGACUCCUACACGUACCGAGCUAAGGCCCCAAAACUACCUCAGUUUGACAGAGAUGCGAGUUCCCGAACCAGAACGGGGACCAAGUCAAUCGAGCAAUUCAAUUUGGGGCCCAGAAGUGACAGCGAGAAAGCAAUCGGAGUCGUCAAGAAUGCAAGAGGCGCACAUGAGAACAAACCCAUCAGGGGGAAGCGGAAGAUCAGUCCUGAACGCAAUGAUAGCAGCGGCCAGCCCCAAAAAGCUGUGAGCGAGGAAAAGAUCCCCCAGAAGAAUCCAAGCGAGGAAAAGAUCCCCAUCAAGGACGUCGGAAAAAUGACGCAAAACAGAGGGUGGGUCAGCAGGAUAAAGAGGAGCUUCAUCGAAAAGUUCUACUCGAAGUCCACCUUAGCCACCAAGAACACGAAGCGCAAAAAGAUCAUGGAGAUUUUGGAAAAUAUGGAAGAAGGCCAACUCCCCCUCACUCCGGAGAAGAUCACCACCCUGGCAGCCAUUUUGGAUGCCACAGGCAUGAAAGCAGGAGAUCAAUAUCUGUCAGAAGCCAAAGCCAUGCACAUUGAGGACGGACAUGGCUGGGAAGUUGGACUAGAACGCCAAAUGACCACGUGCAAAAGAGCCAUGCAGAGAGACAAGGGCCCAGAAACACGAGCCAAAGAAGUACGAGUACAAGACAUAAGUGACGACAAAUGGGAAGAAGCCACGGAAGCGCAAGGAGAGCCAAAACGGCCGUCCUGGUCAUACGCUUGGGCCGCCAUCUGGAUGCUGAGAGCCAUUGAGGCAGCUCAAGUGAUGGCAAAGCAUGUCGACAUCGACUUCAAGACGAAGAAUGUCAAGCUAUACAUAGCUAAGUCGAAAACUGACCAAAAGGCCGCGGGAGUGUGGCGCACACUGGCGUGUUGUGGAAAAGACCCCUGUAACAGAGCCUGCCCCUUUGCAUUAGCGGUGAAAGCUUUGAACGAGGUAAAUUCCAAAGACGGCAAUUGUACAUUAUUCCCUGACGCAGAAGGGAAGGCAGUGUCAAAGAUUCACAUGGUGGCGGCCUGGACAAAGUACGUGGACGAGAAAGCGACUGGUCACUCCGCAAGACGAUCGGGUGCAAUGGCAUACGCCAGAGAGGGAACAAGCAUCCAUCACAUCCAAUUCUUGGGCAGGUGGAAAUCAUCAGCUGUAUUCAGAUACAUAGAAGACGCGAUGACAGAGAUGCCGAUGAACGUCACAAACCGAGAGCCGAAGGAAUUGGAUGAAGAGCAGAAAGCUCAACAAGAACGACAGCAAAGGAGAGCCCUCAAGCCCAAAGCGAGAGCGUCGCCAAAGAAAGAAGAUUCCCCCGAAAAGAAAAGGGAACACAAACCUCUGGUCCACGAUGAAGAGAAGGAACAAGUGUAUGCGGUCUCGAAAUCGAGGGGCACAUCCAUCAAACACUUGGUAGGACAGGCAGCAUGGGGCAUCCCUCUUGACAGCUGGACAACUGCUUGCGGAUGGAACUUCGCGAGAAAGAACGUCAAGGUGGAGCUUACAAAAAGGUCGCGGCGAAGUGUUGCAUUGGCUGUCACAGCCCUGGCUGUCAGAGGCUUUGGCCUCAGGCGAUGCUUUACUGGCUCUGCUCAGACGCCUCUGACAGGUCAGCGAGGCCAGUCUUUGGCGUCAACCAGGAGAGUGGUGCCCGAUGCCUUCAGCGCCCUUGGGGUCUCCUCUCAUGGCUUGGCAACCUUUGCAGCAGCCAUGCUUACAGCUAUGGGUGUUUCGACAGUAGCGGCAACGCCUGCUCGAGCUGAAAGUCCAAAGGAUCGCAAAUACAGUCUGGCAGACCAGGUGGCUCGCUUCCAGAGGGCGAAAGAUGAGAAGAACCAGCGAUACUUGGACAUUGACACAGUUUAUGACGGCUCCUGGCUGAAAGGCAAACGCGUGUUGGUGGUUGGAGGUAGCAGAGGCUUGGGCCUUGCCAUUACAAAGGAAUUGAUGGCACAAGGGGCAGAAACCAUCGGCACGUGCCGCGGUGCACCUGGUGGCUUGGAGGGCCUUGGUUGUAAGGUGAUUAGUGGCAUCGACGUGCAGGACAAUGCCACCAUGCAAAAACUGGUGAAGGAUCUUGGAGGCCCAAUCGACCUCCUGAUUCAGAAUGCUGGUUACUUCAUGGAGGGCAAAGAGACCCUGGAGGAGCUGAACGACAAAGAACAACUGAAGCAGAUUGAUAUUUGUGCGCUGGGGCCCUUGAGGGUGACGUCAGCUUUGUACAAAGGCGGUCUACUGAAAGGCGGCAAGGUGGUCAUUAUCACCAGCCAAGCUGGCUCGGUGGAGUGGCGCUUUACACAGAACAAGGGUGAAGGUGGGGACUACGGCCACCACAUGAGCAGAGCCGCAUGUAACAUUGCAGCAGCACUGAUGUCCGAAGAACUCAAAGAGGCUGGCAUCCCCGUGACUCUGGUGCAUCCCGGUUUCAACCGGACUGAAAUGACUUCCAAGUUCGAGGAGAUUUGGGAUAUUGAGGGAGCAGUGGAUGCGUCUGUGGGUGCAAAACGAGUCCUGCAUGAGGCGAAGCGAGUGAACAUGGACACCACUGGCAAAUUCUUCAACGCAGAAGAUGGGCUCGAGAUUCCUUGGUGA